UAGUCACUUUGCAUCUACAUAUUGGUUUGUGCCCUGUCACGACCAGAUCAAGGAGAAAGAUUAAACACUUUAAGAUGAAAAAAAUUGACCUGUGUUUGAGCUCUGAGGGGGCGGAAGUGAUUUUAGCUACAUCAAGUGAUGAAAAACACCCUCCUGAAAAUAUGAUUGAUGGGAAUCCAGAUACAUUUUGGACCACAACAGGAAUGUUUCCCCAAGAGUUCAUUAUUUGUUUUCACAAACAUGUAAGGAUUGAAAGACUUGUAAUCCAAAGUUACUUUGUGAGGACGUUGAGGAUUGAAAAGAGCACCUCUAAAGAGCCAGUUGAUUUUGAGCCAUGGAUUGAAAGAGAUCUAGUCCACACAGAGGGGCAGCUUCAAAAUGAAGAAAUUAUGGCCCGGGAUGGCCACGCCACUUACUUGAGAUUCAUUAUUAUAUCAGCCUUUGAUCAUUUUGCAUCUGUGCAUAGUGUUUCUGCAGAGGGAAUAGCAGUCUCAAAUCUUUCUUAGUCAUUAUAACAAAAUACACUUGCAUGGUUUUUUAACAAUAUAUUUAUUUAAACAUGAAGUUGUCAUUGACAUACUUUAUUAAAGGGACUUGUAU